GUCAGUCGCGCGCGGGUCGAGGGGUACAAACAAACUUCAGUCCUACUCAUGGGUGGAAGGUUUUGUUUUCGUGUAGACAAUGACAUGUUAUAUGUGAGGAAAGUCUUACCAAUUUACUAGUUAAAACAAAGUAUGGCGCCUAGUGAUACUUCUGUGAAGAAAACCGAGUGUAUUUCGUCCGUGAAACCUAAAGGGAGGGUGAAUAAACCUUUGAUUGAGAAGCGGAGACGGGAGAGAAUCAACGACUCUCUACAACAGCUACACGACAUGGUAACCCAGCUCGACCGUCAAACAAAGAUUGGAAGACCAGUAAAAUUGGAGAAAGCUGACAUUUUGGAAAUGACUGUAGAAUAUGUCAAGAGUUUCAAUUCGCAAGAAAUGUCAACGAAAGAGGGAACUGAGUCCCAGUACAACAUGGGAUAUAAACGAUGCGUUGAAGAAAUAACGAAGUUCUUCAAAUCAAACUCAUGUGUGUCAUUUGAUUUAAAGUCUUCAGUCUUGGAUCAUAUUGACAAAGACAAUAAACUGAGAACAAAGGAAGCUGUGACAAAAACAAAAACCGAGCAAUGCAAAUCGACAGAUGUGUUUUCAAAAUCAGCAAGCAUUACGUCGACAAUGAAAAUAAUUCAACCGAAACCAUCAGACGACCUUGUUCGAUUACACGAUAUUUCACAACAGACUUUAUGCAGCGUGAUGUCUGUUCAACCUUCCCUGGGUGUGAUAGGUAGCAAACAGAUGCCCACGUACAUCCUUGUCCCGACUGCUGCGUUGUGUCAAGUGCCUUCUAUAUCUUUGUCAGCGGUAGAGACCGCCAAGCCUUCGACCUCGGUAUCCUGUGAUAGAAAUGAAGAACCUGGUGACAAUACUCCUACCAUUUUCGACAAACAUCUAACAGUGGCAUCGUCAUGCAAUUUACCAGUUACCAACGCUAUAACACAAACAGUCACAGCUGAACACAUGAGUUGUUUCCCGUUGCAAAAAUGUCCGCGAAGUAGAGAUGCACGGAUCCAGCCGUCAUUGCAAUUAGCAAAUAUCAUUGGACCUUUGACACAACAUUGUCACGCUUCAAACACAGACGACGCUAUGUGGAGGCCAUGGUGAUCCCAUUAUGUAUGGACCUGGAAUAGAGUCAUUGCUGGUCAAUGGCGACGAUGUAACUUAGUUAACUUCCGUCAAUAGUCUCGCUUUUAAAUCCGCGAUUUUUGCAAUGUGUUUUCCCAUUCUAUUACUAAUUGGUGCAUGAUACGUAACUUUUGAACAAGCUGCAUGCGCAUGACAAGUACGUACCUAAACCUAGGUUUAGGUUAGUUCAUCAUCGCGGAUUCGACGUAGAGAAAGGAGGGAAUGGUGAAGCUUAACUUGACAGACUCUAUCACAAUAUGCACUAACUAUGGAAUACUAAUCUGUGAUAAAAGAUUCAGGGUUUAUUCGAUACGUCAUCAAAUGUGUUUGUUAGAAAUCUCGAUGUUAUUAUUUCAUUCAUACACUUGUAGAUUAAUGCAUAUUUGAACUUACUAGUGUGAACAUUUAGAAAAUUACUAAAACAUGUUAUCGUGUGAAUACGGGCCAGAUGUAGGGACAGGGCACAGUUGACAAUACAAGUCACGUGCACGGCAGUGAAGUUUUGAGCUCCGUCGAAAUUUGUUGUUUUUGGACACUAUGUGAGCGAAGUUGCGCUUUUUCCGAUAUGUUCGUGGGUACCAGCAUCAAAUUUGGAUAAGAGACACACCGCCGCAUCGAUCUUAAAGUCGCUGAUCUAAAGUUGAUGCGUGAUUGAAUCUUAACUUUGUGAAUUGCUAUAUGUUAUUGGUCAAUACUUCCGAAAGGGGGACAUCAUGUUGCUAGGAGACUUUAAUAGUCGUACCAGUAAUUCAAGUGAUUUUGUCAAAAAUGAUACUGUUCAUGACAGUGUUAAAAAUAAACUCUCGAAGUUAUUUACAUAUGUCUCAGAUGAUUUAUAUAUAGAUAGGGUUAACCCCGAUACAUUGGUUAACCUAUUUGGUAACCGACUUAAUGAGUUGUGUAAGACAAGUUGUCUAUGGAUUUAUUUCUCAAAUGAUUAAACGCAUUGUGGCCAUAAAGGAAUGACAUUGAGUCAAUCUUUAUUUCGAUCUGUUAAAACUGUUUAUCGUAAUUUAAGCAGUUUUAUUGUGCUGUCUGAAAACGCCGCCGUGUACGUGCUAUUGUACACACGAUUUUCAAAUGUUGUGAAUAGGGAUGCACAUAUAAGUAGGGAGACCGAUAGUGAGCGGUCAACCUAUCGCUGGAAUGAGGACAGAAUAGAACACUUUUAAACGUAUUCUCGGCGAAUGUGAUAUCGACAUGCCAACUGUUUCACUGCAAGAGAUUACUCAACAUAUAGAAAACAGUGUGAUUUACCGAUGAACUGCUCCGUGCAAUUGACACCUUUCUCGUUCGAACCAAUAUUAAUACACACACGGAGUCUUAAGCGUGCGGGUGCAGUGGGACGUGACAAGGUAAAUAAACAAGGUACCUAAGCUACAGGUAUACAUAUGUGUGAUGACACACCAUGGAUUGACUCUGAAUUGAAAUAUGUUAUGUGCUGUAUAUAUGAUUCUGACCAAUAUAAACGUGUUUUGAACUUGUUGAUGAAUUUGAAAUCAGUAGAGAAUUAUAAGAAUGAUAAGAAAAGAAUACAUAUAUCAUUAGACGUGAGGGGGAAAACGAACACUAUAUGAGAUAUGAAAGAUAUAUGUUGAAAUAUUUCUGAAAUUAUACUUUCAGGAAAUUUUAUAAGAAAUUUUCUUCACCAAAGGCAGUUAUAAAAAAAACUGUAUGAGAAUUUAAAAUCUUUGUCGUCAAAAAAGUAUUAAUAAUUUAAAUGAAACAGAUUAUGAUACAGAGUUAAAAACUAAUGGUGGCUCUAUUCCUUUUUUUAAUGGAGUUUAACUGUCCUAUCAGUGUGAAUAGGCUAUAUGUAAAAUUAAACCAGGGAAGUCCCACGGAUGUGAUGGUAUUUUAAAUGAAUGUUUUUUAGUUGGUAAAAAGGCACCUUUGUCACCAGUGUAGAUAUUAAUUAAUUUGAGACGUUUCCCGUCAAAAUGGUCUUUAGAUGGUAUUACUAGAUAGUAUGUAAAGAAUGUGAGAAGACAAGAUGAACUGGGACGACAGGAGGAACAAAAGUUCCGGAAGAAUGUCUCUUACAUUACACAUUGUACCACCGUAAUAUCUACCAUUAUAUAAUUAUAUAUUAUCUGAUAAUAAUCCGUUUUAGCGAUAAAUUGGAGUUAUUCGUUUAAGCCUCCAACAUUUUCUGGACUACACACAUGUUGCUAGAAAUAUUCUAUAUCAAAGAUCCCUGUGUAGGUCUUGAGGACAUGAUUCCCGUUUAAAGUUACAUUGGAAUUCAUAUGAUAUCCUCUACAGUGGCUCUACGUUAUACACAUCAGAAAAAGAACAUGCAU